AUGCGCGCCUUUACUCUGGGCCUCUCGACCGUAGCCGCCCUUGUGGCCUUCUCAAACCUCGUCGCAGCUCAGGCUGAGCCAGAAAUCACCGAGCCCGCUGUUCUCCCAACCAGCGAAGAUGAAGUGCAUGCGUUUACCCCCGAAUUGACACCGGACGACGAGUAUUUCGUCGAUGAAUCGGAAGGGGCGAGGUUGGCCAAGAGGACUCCACCUGCCGGAGUCUACAUCUGUAACAAUAAGAGCUGGUUGGCGCCGUGUACCUGGACCAAGCUCGUCGACUCGCAAUGCAUGAGCUUUCCGUCGGACGCAGGCUCAUCUGUCGGACCUCCUACUGGUUGGCAGUGUAAGAUUUACUACGCCCCAAACUGCGCAGCAACCAACGGCAUGACGGAUGGGAAACUUACUUACCCUGGCACACCGGAUCUGGGUUCCCUCUACAACAACUAUAACAAGCCGGCAUCGAUCAAAUGCAGGCAAUGUCCGCAAGGAUCAAACUCGCCUUGUCUCAACAACAACGCUCCAGACUGGAACGAGGCCAUAGCAAAAGCCGGAUAUGGAGGGGCGAAUGGACAAUGCUCGUCUUGGAUAUCCGGGAAAGUCACACACUCUGCUUGCCUCCCGGCACCCAGUAUCUCUUAG